ACCCUUUAUGCAACGAGGGAGCGAAAGCGUUUUGUUAGGAAACGAAAACGAAGGAGGCUCCUUGUCGCCAAUACCUUCACAAACUUCAAUUUUUUCUACGAUACCAGGAAUGUGCAACGAUUCCAAAAACAGCAGUACUGCCCAUAAUGUGACCACCAAUUACAAUACGGACAACAGAAAAAUGAACAGCAAUGGUGGCAACAACUGCAGCAGCAGCAGCCAUAAAUCCAACAAUAAUGGAGAAAAGAUUAGCAACGUUGCGGUGAAUACCGGAACAAAUCAACAACAACUAAAUAACCGUAUUGGUGGAGGAAACUCUUAUUCUUCAAUUCCUUCAACCAGAAGCGGGCGUGUUGUUAGGGGAGGAAAUGGUGGGAGCAACAAUACAUCGAGUGAAGGAGGUAAUGACAAAACUGGUGGAAUCGCCUAUGAUAAUAGUUAUCAGAAUGCAAAUCGACGAGGGGGUUCCAAUCAUCUUCCGCGUUAUGCCAACCGUGGAACUUCAGGUGGUGGUGUUGGUAAUUAUAAUAAUACUAUCGGUAAUUUGCGUAGUAAUGGAGGGAAUGUGAUUGGUUCAGGUGAAGUUGGUAGCCCGAGCGGAUUCAAUGAUGAAAAUCGCAAUUCACAUCCACCAUAUGGAUCAAGUGUUUUAGCAGAGCAAGAAGUUGUAGUGCGACCUAUCAUACGAGAUGAAGAAUUGCAAAGAUUAGAAGCAAUUGCAAAGGACGAAGGAUGGGCUAAAGAUUCUGAAUUUGAUUAUAAUCAAAAAUUAGAAUUUUCUGAUGAUGAAUCAGAGUUAAAUCAAGUACCAACUGCUAUGAAAGUAAAGGAUAUGGCUACAGAUAUAAAUAUAAUAUCAGUUAAAGCAGAAAAGGAGCAGCAAGAACAUGAAAUAUUUGAUAAAUCUGAUCGUACUCUGGAUGUAAGUGUAGCGCAUAGAGAAAGAGAUCCAAAUCAAGACUCUAUGCAAAUAAAUUGUAGCAGCGGUGUGCGUAGUUUAGUUGGAGAAGGCAGUGCAAUCAAUGUAAACAUGACGGCAGGGGGAUUGGAUGCAGCAGAAGCAAAAGAGCGCUUAAAACAACGCCAGGAAGAGGACCUUAAACGUGAUAUUGAACGUAAACUGGCUGCCGCUAGAAAGUUACAGGAACUGGAAGAAAAGCUUAGCAGAAAAAAAACAGAGGAAUCAAUAGAUGCAAAAGCAGGCAAUAAUGAUAUUAGCAAAAGUGGUAAUAUUGCCUCGACUAUCAAUAUCUCUACAACGUUAGGAAACAAACUGGAAGAGGAAAAAGUUUUUGAACCUGUAUCGGAACAUAACAACGAACGUGUAAUAUCCGUUAAAAUUCGUGGUAAAAGUGGCGAACGAACUAAUUUGAAAGAUGCACGUUAUGAAUUUGGCACCGGUUCACGACAUGAUCGCGAGACGGGAAACAUCAGUGGCAGUACUAGCAGUAAUUGGGACAUGCCAGGAUUCUCAAAGACAUUUCAAUCAAAUUUGCCCCCAAGGUUUCAAAGGCGCAAACUGGAGCGAAACACUUCCGGUGCAAAUUUGUUGACGAGUAAUAAUAAUAGUGUUGGUCUUGUUUCACCUCGAAUCGGAAACACUGGUCCUUGUGGUAGCAAUUCUGUUGGUGAGAUAAAAAGUGGAAUUCCCUUUGCCCAACAGUAUGAUCCACGGUUUAUUCAUAAUCAACAGACAUACGGAAAAAUUUGUAACGCAAUGACAAGUUCAUCACGUCGAACAGCAGUUUCUAUACGGGAUCGUGAUGAACGCCAGAGGCAUCAUUAUGAUGCAGUUGAACAUAAUCAACGCGAGGUAAUAAAAACAAAAAAAGAAUCAUUUGAAGACGGCAAUCGUUUUAAUAAUGCUACUGGUGGUACCCAAGAAUUGAAUAGUUAUGUCAACAGCAAGCAAAACAUUGGUUGUGUAACGCCGCAAUUAGACCGUAACUUAUCAGAAUCGUCUAAUCGUAAAACAAGUGUUUCAAGUGAUGAUAAUCAUCAUACAAGCCAACCACACCAUAAACCGGUUAUUCGAAAUGUCGGAAGCAAUACUAAAGUAUCUGGAAAUUAUGUGCGUGAGAAAUCAUGGGAUAUGGAAGAUCAAAAAGAAUCGUCUGCGUCAUCCUCUGCUUCUUUUAGUGGCAGUGAUGUUCACCGCGAAACGCCCCCACGUUCUGAUUGUGACUUGCCUAAACAGAUAUUACACCGGGUGAAAGAAACAACGCCCCAAUCAUCAUCCGAUUCAAUAAAAGAUGAAAAAAUGUCAUUUAAGCAACGUAUUAAGAAAACCGUUGAUUGUGAGUCAAAUCAAAAUGAUGAAGAGAUUCACAGAUGUGAGCAUCUGUCAUUUGACAGUGCAACAAUAGAAGAUAAUAGCGUUGGUAGUUCGAAUACGUCACUAGACCCUGAGGACUCUUCCCCUGGCGCAAUGGAUAAAGCAAGCCUAUUGUCUAGGUCGGAUGGAUAUGCUUGUUUUGGAAUAGGAGAAACGAAUGAAAAAGAAAAUGUUGAAUUAAAUCAAUUAGAAUGCCCCAAAGAUACAACACAUGAGACUUCACAUCUUUCAAGAUCGCUAGGCUACACAGAUGAUAACAAACAAAUAACUUCUACGACGAUAUCGCAUCAACCACAUCAAAAUAGCUUAAAAAAGAAAGAUGCAACAACAACCCAACAUUCUCGCGAUAGUCGAAGGCAUGAUUCUCGCAGUGGCGUUCGUGGUGGCGGGGGCUACGGUGUUGGAUUCCAUCGAGCAGAUGGGACGGGAUGCAUGUCCAGUAGAGGCGGUUCUUUGAAUUGGAAUAGACCUCGUGGUGGCAGUAGAACUGGUGGAGCUGGUCGUGGUUACCAUCAAGAUUGCUGGAGCGAAUCUGAAUAUUCGGAAGAGAGUUUUGACGAACAAACAAAACAUCAUGUACAUCAAAAGAUAUAUAACCAUUCAAUGUCUGUUACUGUUGGAAUACAUAGUGCAGCUAAUGCGGAUUCGACUAUUUUUGGGGGUGCAAAGGAAGGAUUCGUACCACGUGGUGAACCAUCACGACGAGGCCGAGGAGGGGGGAAUAUUGGCUCUAUUGUUUCUGUUGUUAAUCCUUCGAGUGCAAAUAAUCGCCAGAAACAACAAGGAGUCUUCUCUGGCUCUAUUACAUCUAUCGAGGAAAGUGUAGCCAUCAGCAAAAAAGUUGACGGAUAUGGAUGCACUAAUUCAAAAAACCCAUUUAGUUCCAGUACAGUUGAUGACGAUGAUAGACAAACAAAACAUUCUGUUGUAGACCAUUCGAACAGCACUGUUACUUCUGUAAUAUCUCCUAUACGGGACGAUCGCACAGUUCAACAUAACAAAAGACCAUUGUCUUUGUGUGAUGCUUAUAAUACGUCGGAUGAUGUUUUAUCACUUGAAAAAGAAAAUCCUAUUUCGAAGAUCCUAGAGAGGGAACAUAGUGCAAUAGAUAUUCGUAAUGACGAAUCUCAUUCUCGAGAGGAUAGUCACAAAUCGGAUGGUAGAUCAAAUUCCACAGAUCAUUGUUUGGCAGUGAUGAAACAAACUAGUGAUGAAUGCGAUUCUAAUAAGUCCACGGCUGCGUCAUUGGUAGACGAUACCAAGACAAAUACAACAAAAAAUGGUAGUACUACAACUUUACAACAACAGUCAACAAAUUUAUCCACCAUAUCAGGAUCUGUUGGUAAAUUAAAUAACUCUAUGGACAGUAAUGUGCGAGGAAAGGCUAUUGUUGGAAAUUUUAGAGGCGGUUCCAUCAAUGUAAUUACAUUGCGCCAGCAGCAAUCUGUAUCACAAAGCCAAGGAGGGGGUAAAUCAUCUACCACUGAAGCGAGCAGCGAUUCAUUAGUUUCAGUGAAUACAUCAAAUUCUAAUCAAUUAAUCACAACAUCAAACAGUAACAACGACAAUGACUCCAUGCCGUCAGGAACAUCAGGAACACGUUCUUCAACAUUAUCAGUAGAAGGAGACAUAAAGUGUGUAACAGAUCAGCGUCACUUAACACAACAAGGUGUAACAGAAAAACUGAAUGCUUCUUCCACAGUUAGCUCCAACACUGACAAUGAUAAGCAUCAUCUUGAUGGCAAUAAUGCUCCAGUUAACACCACGAUGAUAUUCGACAACACGAACUUCAAAUCAGCCGUAUCCGCGUUGAGUGUAAACAACACAAACACAGUGGGUGAUUGCGGCGGAACGGGUGUAGACGCUUCCAUAACGAAUCUGAAACGUCAACAAAGUGGCAAUAGUGUCAUAAAUGUUGAUUCAAAAGUAAAAUCAGGUUUAAUGAAUGAGAAAGUUAUUACUGGUGCUUCUAAUGCAGUUGGUUCAAUAAUGAAGUCACCACAAUCUUUGACAUCUAAUACGUCAGCACAUCGUCCAACAACUUCGAUACCAGUAACGACAUCAAGUGAAGGAAGUUCGCAACAUAGCAUCGUUGGUAAUUCUCAAAGAACAGUGCUUUCUGCAGGUGUUACAAAACAACAGUCGUCCACUAUUAUCACAAGUACCCUGCAAGGAAUUCCGUUUCAAAAAGUGAGACCGAUUAUAAGGAAGUAAAACCAUUUGCCUUUGAGACUGAUAUUAGCCAUUUAAUUGAAGGUGACAAAGGUAUUAAGCAACAAUCUACAGUAUCGGCUGGAUUGUGUUUAUCAAAAUCAAUAGAAGUCGACGGAGGUAACGGUCAUGGAAGAGUGUCUGCGUCAGUACAAAAUAUAAUUUCUCCUUCGACAGCCGAUUUGAACAUGAAAA